AGGAAGUGGCAUGUUACGGGAGAAGACUGAUUUGAAAUGACCAUUAACUUUGGAUUCAUUGCAUUUAUCGAAAUGACUAGACAUGUUCAUAUAAAAAGAACAUAUUUAUAGUCAUAAAGUAGUCUUGGCUUAUAAAUAACUUAAAGAAUACGGGAUUUAUUCAAAUUUAGCAUACAUAUAACUGAGUGAAAGCAUUGCUAAUUUUAUAUGACGAUAUUUAGGCUUGUAAGAGUUGAAUGAUGCGUUCUGUUAGACAGUUAGCGCUCAGUAGAUGGUUGUGUCACCUUAGUAGAUCACUAAGUGUGAACACGUCACUUUCCUGGCAUGGCAGCCAGACAAGGCUGUUCAGUACUACUAAAAUCGGCAUGAAUGUUAUGCCUGCCUGGGUUAUUGAUAAAUAUGGAAGCAAUGAUGUGUUACGGCUCACUAAAAAUGCUAGUUUCCCCGUCAUCAACUACCCGAAUGAGGUUAUUGUCAAAGUGUUUGCAGCAGGACUGAACCCACUGGAUGUCAGCAUGAGAGGUGGCUAUGGUGCUGCAACGCUGUCUAUGAAGAGAGACCCUCUGAAUAUCAAACAGUCAGGCAGCGAGUUCCCUCUCAUCCUGGGAAGGGACGUGUCUGGGGUCAUCAUGGAGUGUGGCCUGGAUGUGAAGCACUUCAGAGAAAGGGAUGAGGUGUGGGCAGCUAUCCCACCAUGGAAGCAGGGCAGCCUGGCUGAGUUUGUUGUGCUGAGUGCCAAUGAGGUAUCCCACAAACCAAAGUCACUGAGCCACACAGAGGCAGCAGCCAUUCCCUAUGUAGCAACUACUGCCUGGUCGGCACUGGUGAACACCGGUGGGCUUAGUAAGGACAACUGUGCAAAGAAGCGAAUUUUGAUCCUUGGAGGAUCCGGAGGAGUGGGAACAUUUGCGAUACAGAUGCUAAAGGCUUGGAGAGCCCAUGUAACUGUUACCUGCUCCCAAAAUGCUGAAUGGUUUGUAAGGGGUCUGGGGGCAGACUAUGUGGUGGACUACACUACUGGACCUGUUGAGGAGCCACUCAGUGCACUGGAGAAAUUUGACCUGAUCCUGGAUAAUGUUGGGGGUGACACAGAGCGUUGGGCGUUAAAUCUGCUUAAGCCUUGGAGUGGCGCCAAGUAUGUCACUCUUGUAACACCAUUCCUCCAGAACACUGACAGGCUGGGCAUUGCUGAUGGCAUGAUGCAGACUGCUGCCACAAUGGCCACCAAAGCCCUCAAGCACCUAGUCAAAGGCGUGCACUACCGCUGGGGUUUUUUUACACCCAGUGGUCCUGCAUUGGAUGAAAUAAGGGAAAUGGUGGAUGCCGGACAGAUCCAGGCUGUGGUGGAGGAGACUUUUAACUUUUCACAAGUUCCUCAGGCCAUUGAGAAGGUGGAGAAGGGUCACGCUCGAGGAAAAACUGUGGUCCAGUUCAGCAAAGGGGGAGAUGACUAAAAGCACUGGUGCUUGGAAACUGUGUAUUUUGAUUACUGUGUAUGUAACCACAUCAGCUGCUGUUGUACACUAACUGUUAUUGCCAUUUUUAUAUUGGCCUGUGUAAAAAAAAAAAGCUGAUUAAAGUAAUAAUGUUAGCAGUGCGAAUGUAUUUAAAGAGUAAUGAGUAAUUAUUGACUAUGUAAAAAAUAAGUAUUUCCACAUACAAACUCAGCUGCCAGUUUAUGAGGUACAACUAGCUAAAACUAAUACAGUCUAAUACUACCUGAAAUAAAUCUUAUCCUCAUGAAGGUUAUAAAGAUCCGAUUGUAUGAUGAACUGUAUUUCAUUAAACAGAAAUAUUUCUGUUAGUCUACCCUCAUUGAUAUAAAUGUGGUAGACAACAAUAACAACAAUAGA